AUGCUUUCACCACAAAAGAAAAAAUUUUUUGCAUUUUUUGGUUCCCCGCCAAAAUCCUCUGCCACCACCUUUACAACUACAACUGUAAUAAGUACUUCACCAAUGUCUUCACCAAAUAUAUCUUCGUCGAUAUUAGCAAGUUAUUUUCCAGAAACCACCAACUUUAGCAGCGAAAACAACAACAAUAACAUUUCUAGCAUUCUUGGUAGUAACAUUGGCGAUGAUAAUAAAAAAAGAACAUUGUCGUCGUCAUCAGCACCAGUUGAUGAUAUAAAAAAAUCAAUUGAAAAUUUAGAACGUUUGAUUUCAUCAUUUAAUGAUUAUCAUGAUUUAAUAAAUAAACUUGGUAAAACCUCUAAAGAUAUUAAUAAAUCUUUAAAAUGUUAUGCUGGUGGUUGUAAAGGAAUGGAUAUUAAUCAUGUUACAAGUAUUCAAGCAACUGCUCAAUUUUAUGAAAGUAAUGCCGAAGUUCAAUUAAAAUUGAAAGAAGAACGAAUUUAUAAUGAAUUUAUACUUGAUUUGGAUAACCAAGUUAAGAAAAUUGAAUCUCACGAGAAAUAUAUCUCAUCAAUGACGUCAAUCGGAUCAGAUAUAGCUCGGGCACGUACCGAAUACUCUGAAAAUGUUAAAAAACGGGAAAAAAAUGCGCAUUCAUUUAUAACACAAGUAAUUCAUCGAUAUACGGAAGCAAUUUUUAAUUCGUUUAACGAUUCAAUAAAAAAAUGUGGACAAAAUCUAACGAAAAAUUCCUCAUCUUCCUCGUCAAGCCUGACAUCGUCACAAAACAAACAAACUUCAAAUGAUUUUCUUGAGUUUUUAGAUAAUGAUGAGCAACAACAACAGGCGUCGCUAACCAUUUCAACAAUUUUAUCUACUUCACCACCCAAUUCACUACUCAUUUCAUCACCCAACUCACCGCCCAUUUCAUCGCCAUCUUCUUCACGAGCGCCAAUCGAUAUACCGACUAAACGUAGAGUCUCAACUUAUAAACCAUCGCACCAAGUGACGGCUUCGAUCGCAUCAAUGGUUGAACUACAAAAAGCAGCAAUGGAUUAUAUAUCACCAAAAUCAAAUAAUCAUAAUUAUAACAAUAAGAAUAAUGGUGAUAUUGGUGGCAAUAGUAAAUAUAAAACUAUUGAAAUCAAUGAUGACGAAGAUAAAAUAGAAGUCGAAAAUGCAGAUAGUUCUAAUAUGGAGGAAGUUAACGCGAAGAAUCAAAAUCAAGAUAAUGUUAAAGAUGGUGGUAAUUCUUCAAAUGUCGAAAAUAGUAAUAAUGUAGAAAGUUCGUUAAGACCAAUGCCAAGAAGUUAUAAUGAUAAUGAUAAUGAUAAUAAUGUGAGUAAAAGCAAUACAACUCCUAUAUCUAAUAAAUGUGGAUCUUCGGUUGCUCAUAUGAAAGAAAAAUUAUUAUCAUCUAUGAAUAAUAGUAGCAGCGGCGGUUAUGUUAAUCAAGUUAAAUCAAAAUUUGAUGACUCGAUUUCAAAUAAUUCAAAUUCCAAUAGUAAUGAGGGUAAUAGCAGUGGUGGUGAUGAUGACACAAUCAAAUUUCUAAAAAAAAAUUGUAAUUGUCACAAUUGUCAACAAAUUUCUGCAGUAAUUAAUUCAAGCAUGAAAGAAGAUUAA